CAUGUCGGGCAAAUCAGGCAACAUCACCUUGAACACAGCCAGACUGGACUCGUUCAGAUGACUCUCAAAGUUACCUACCUCGUAACUCUUCUGGCGCCUGUUGCUCAAGCCGAAUGCUGUGUGGAUGCCAAAACUAUCGUUUACAAAUUGAGUGGCGGAUCGUGUGGCGACAUAGGUGGAUCGAGACAAUCGGAUGGCACCUGUCGCUUUAAGAUCUGUGCCAAUGGUGAAGGCAUAAGAGGUACAUAUUGUGGACAAGGAUCUUGUGAUAUAGUCGGCUGUAAAUGUGAUGGUGGCUGCCUGAGAGGAAACUGGGAGGACAGCUUUAAGGCGCAGAAUGCUCAUCUCAAUCCAGAGGUCAUUGAAGUACAUUGGGCAACAUUAUCACUAAUUCCAGCACCUGAAGGUGGCAUUCCCAAUUAUUUGUCUAAUCUUUUUGUUAACAUUACAUCAAAAGUAGGUUAAGUACUUUCAACGACACUGGGAGCAGCCGAUACAAAAGACCUGCUCCAUAGGAUGAAUAUAAACAGUACUUAGUAUUAAGUAACUUCAAAACGAUUUAAAUGUAUUUCAAAUUGAAUGAACUAUAAAAGUAAAUUAAAUUAA